CCCAGGGGUGGACUGACCAUUUGGAAACUCGGGCACUGCCAGAGGGCCCGGGGUCAGUCGGGGGCCCAAUGAGAUGCCCCUGGUACCUUUUUCAUAGGCUUUUUUGAGUUUGGGCAAGGACACAGGGGCCCCAUGAUCCCCUAUUGCCUGGGGGCCCCAUGAGUUGUCAGUCCGCCCCUGAUGAGACCCUGCCCUUUAGUGCUGCCUAUCAGUGCCCAUCAGUGCCGCCUAUCAGUGCCCAUCAGUGCUGCCUCAUCAACGUACAU